AUGGCGGCGCCAAUGAGGGAGGGCGCGCCGGCCGGCGGAGCUCGCCCCGCGCCCCACGCGCACCCCGCCAACUUCGAGUACGAUGACAACGAGUGGGACAUCGGCAUCGGCGACCUCAUCAUAGACCUCGAUGCCGACAUAGAGAAGACAGACGAGGCGGGCGGCAUGGCGGCGCGCGCCGAACCCGACGCACAGCGCACCGCGCUCAAGAUGAAGAUCAAGCGCACGAAGCCUGGCACUAAAAGUUCCGAAGCCAAGCACGAAAUCGUCAAAUCAAACGAAAUGAACGGCGAACCGAAGGCGUCGGCGCCCGCGCAAGCCGCGCCGCCCGCCGCCGCCAAGCGCGGCUCUGGGGGGCACCGGAGAGAUAAGGCGCGAGACAAGCACCACCACCCUCAUCCACCGCACGAUGUGAAUGGCGUGGCCCGCGUGCCACCGCCGCCCAACGCGCCUGGGCCACCCGCGCCGGCGCCGGCGCACCCGGCUGCCCUGCCCGCGCCCGCGCAGCACGCGCCCCACGCCCCCCAUGCGCCGCACGCCGCGCCCGCCGCUAAGCCGGAGCCGCGGCCCGCGCCUGCGCCCCGACUAGAUAAUAAGCCCCCCGCGCCAGCGCCCCCAGCGCCUACGGCGCCCACGCCCGCGCCGCCCCCGGCGCCGGCGCCCGCGCAACUACCGCCGCACACACAUCAUACCUCGCAUGCGCCGCAUGCACCCUCGACACCUUCCAAACCUGAACCUGACGACUCGCGGCAAGAAACACACAGUUCGCAGCCGCCAACCAAGAAACAAAAAACUGAACCUAAGGAAACUGCAGAAGUAUGCGUGGGGACGUCUGUUGGCACCAUCACGGAGCCAGACUGCCUGGGGCCCUGCGAGCCUGGUACCUCGGUCACGCUGGAGGGCAUCGUGUGGCAUGAGACGGAAGGUGUACUCGUAGUGAAUGUGACGUGGCGAGGGAAGACUUACGUCGGUACCCUACUGGACUGCACGCGACACGACUGGGCGCCGCCGCGGUUUUGCGACUCUCCUACGGAGGAGUUGGACGCACGGACGCCCAAAGGUCGUGCAAAACGAGGUCGCGGCGCAGCGCCGACUGACAUGACUAAUUUUACGGAGACAAGGUCCUCGGUACAUAGUAAACUACGGAAUGGGGGCGCCAAGGGUAGAAGAGCACUGCCUUCACCAACACCCUUUACACCUCCCAGACCAGACUCAAAAAGAAAACGCACUUCGGAUGCAGAGGAGCGACCUCCUACGCCGAAGGCUAAACGUCCGCCUCCCACACCGUCUUCCCCUCCACCAGAUCCCGUCCUCCUUGAAUGUCCAGAACCAAACUGUUCAAAGAAGUACAAGCACGCGAAUGGACUCAAGUACCACCGAUCCCACGCCCACGGCUCUCCAGACGACGACGAUAAAGACGGCUCUAGCUCUGAGCUGGAAGAGCCGGCCACGGAACCAGCGUCUCCAGCGCGGCCGCCAUCCGCGCCAGCCACGCCUGCCACGCCUGUCAAGUCGCCGACUCCGGUCAAAUCACCCGAUGCGAAGGUUGACAAGUCGCCGGAGAAAUCUCCAGAGAAGCCUGAAGUGGACGCGGAGUCGCCGCAGCAGCCACGGUUCGCCGAGGAGUUUAUAACAGCCUCGGAGCCACCCGCCGCGGCGGACAGGCCGCAGACACCUCCGCAGCCACCAGCCACGCCGCCCGAUGCGUUACCGACAAUGCAACCUACACAGUUUAAGGUAAAGCCUCGGUCAGCGCUAAUGGCGGAGGAGCGGAAGUCGACAGAGUCCCCCGCGGAGGAGUCCCCAGGCAAACGACGCGCGCGGCGCUCUCCGACGCCGGGCGUGCGGUCGCCGGCAUACUCCGACAUAUCGGACGACGCCGCGCCGGCCGACGCGCCGCCGGAUGACCCGGCGCACAGACCGUUCCCAGUUUAUCAUCAGUUCUAUGGACAGCCGUCGUACAUGCCGCCCUCGCACCCUCCUCCCGUGCCUCCUCAGUCCUCGGACAAAGGCAAGGAUGAUCUCUCCAAAGGAGACCCCAAGGGUGACAUGAAAGACGGUAAACCAGACAACGGACCUCAAAAAGUGUUACCACAACACUUCUACCCUUACAACUAUGUUCCCAACUUUCCUUACAACGUGGAGCCUGGUGGGCCACCUCCAGGUCCUCCCUUAGACGACAAGAGUAAAGACAGCGACCGGUCGAAGACCACCCCUAGCCCGUUGGACAAGAACAAGCAACAACGCCCGCCCGACGGCAAGGAAAACCCUGCGCGGCCCAACGAUAACCAUCAGAUACUGAAGGAAAGCAUCGAAAUGAAGGCACAGAUGGGACCCUACGCCUUCCAGAGACCACCACACGCAAGAGAAGAAGAAUUAAGAAGGUAUUACAUGAGUUUAGAUCAGAGAAGAAAAGAGGGAGGCAAUGACCCGCAGCCCGCACACAAACAGCCUGCCAAGGACAAGGACGAUAAGCCCAAAGAGGAGGUCAAGGUGAAACAAGAAGGGCAGAAGCCGACGACAGAGACGCAGGGUCCCCCGCCCCCUCCCACCUCUCAGUACUACCUCCCGCCGUACAUGCAGCCCUCGCACUACGGGGCUCUACCCUUCGACUCCGUCUACCGAGCACCUCUGAGCCCAAUGCUGGUGGGAGGGUUCGGAGGUGGAUGGACAGUACCACGGUACCACGCACCCGAGGACCUAUCCAGACCCGGCGGAGCGGGGAAACUGGACCUCAUGCCAGGAGUAGGCGGUCCUGGUAGUGGACACGGCCCCAACUUCGCGUAUGGUGGUGCUCCACACAAAAUACACGAAUUACAAGAGCACGCCAAGUCCCCGGCCAGCAAGCCGCGCGCGGACGCGCCCAAGGAGCCGGCGCCGUCCCCGCGCUCGCCGCGCUCGCCGCCGCCGCAGCGCCACGUGCACACGCACCACCACACGCACGUCGGCCUCGGCUACCCGCUCUACCCGCCGCCCUACCCUGCGGCGGCCGUGCUGGCCAGCACGCAGGCCGUAGUCAACUCGUUCCCGACGCCGCCCAAGUGA